GACAAUGUCGUCAUCACCGUACCGCUUUGCCUCCUAAACAUGCGGCUCACGCGCUUCAUCGCCAACCGGCGAUACCUUCUAUCAUCUCAUACCCGAUGCCUUUUCUAUUCUUCCUCGCCGUCUUUUACCUCUUUCUCUUCUCUCUUCGCCAUUCGAUUUCGAUCUGAUUUUGAGUUUUCCGGCUCCGAUCCAUGGGAGAGAUGAUGGAUUCGUUUGCUCCCCAAUCGGCGGCGGCUCCGGCGUCGCGGCCGUUGCCGUUCCGGGAGGAUUGCUGGAGCGAGGAGGCGACGUCGACGCUGGUGGACGCGUGGGGGCGGCGGUAUCUGGAGCUGAACCGGGGGAAUCUCCGGCACAAGGAUUGGCAGGAGGUGGCCGACGCCGUGAAUUCGCUGCACGGCCACACGAAGAAGGGCCACCGGACGGAUGUGCAGUGUAAGAAUCGGAUCGAUACUCUGAAGAAGAAGUACAAGACGGAGAAAGCGAAGAUCGCGGAGUCUAACGGAGCCCUAGCGUCGACGUGGCCGUUCUUCUCCCGCCUCGACGCGUUGAUCGGAAACUCCGGCAAAAAUCAGUUCCCUAAAGCUUCCCCGGCGGCGGUGAGUCCUUCCCCUUCCCCUUCACCGCUCCCGUCGUAUUCGCCUCUCUCGUUGCCGUCUCCGCCGAUGGGAGUCCCUCUGCCCUUCCGGCGGCCGCCGCCGGUCGCGCAGCAGGUGAUUCUUCCUCAAAAGCGCCCGCCUCCGGCCAUGGACGACUCUUAUUUCAAGAAGAAUUACUCCGCCGUGGCUGCCGCAGCGGCCGCUACUGACGACGACGAGGCCGACGAAGACGAGGAAGAGGAGGGCCGGGGGGAUUCCGAGGAGGAGAUGGAAACGAGUGAUGAGAUUACUGAGGAAGAAGGAAUCAGGAGGCUCGCCAAGGCGAUCAAGCGGUUCGGAGAGAUUUACGAGCGAGUUGAAGGGAUGAAACAGAGACAAAUGAUUGAGUUGGAGAAGCAAAGGAUGCAGUUCGCUAAGGAUUUGGAGGUUCAGAGGAUGCAAUUAUAUAUGGAUACUCAGGUCCAGCUCGAGAAGAUUAAGCAAUCCAAGCGUUCUGGAUCAGAUGAUAUGUAUAGCUAGCCUGCUGGGGAGACACUUGGAGCAGAAAUAGGGCAUAGUUUCAUUGUAGUUCUUGAAGUAUCAGUGCUGUCAUUUUUUCCCCCUUGUAUGUAGGCUAUUUUUAUUUUUAUUUUUUGUAUUAUUAAAUUUACUUAUUCAUGUGUCCUUGUCAGCAAAAAUGUUGCCAUUUUAAAUUAUUGCUACAUGUCUUUUUGGUACAUAUAAGGGGAAUGAAGAUGGAUCAUUGGACUCUUUUCACCAUGAUCUUACUUUGUUUUUAUUUA